UGUAAACAUGACGAAAGGCGGCCAACCUGAACAACUCGCUCAAACUUGCGAGUUUAACCUACAUAAAUGUAGUCUGACUGAUAUACCCAGGUCGGCUCACUUGGAGUUGUCAGUGAACCAUGUGAGACAUAAAGCACGUUUCAAAAGGCGGGAGAUAUGUCACAUUCAUCGUGGCUCCUGAUUGUUUUGGCUCUCGGUGCAUUACCGAGGUCAGAGAGCCAUAUUCGCUUGAUUUUUCCACCUGCUAGAAAAUAUGACUUUGAUGCUCUAGACAACAUUGACUCUGAAGGACCAUGUGGCAUGCCAAGAGGGUUUGGACCAAAAACGUCGCUAGUGACGGGGUCAUCUGUGAAUGUUGUGUGGAACAUGGCAUGGAUAGGGCCAGCCUCCAUUCGCCCUCUUCUCAAGUACAGUAUUGAGCUGCUAGACACUAACGACAAGGUGAUCACGGAGCUGGCCAGUGCAAAGUAUUUUGUCAGUGCUGAUGAUGAGGUGCCUGGACUUGCCCGUGUCAUUCAACUGCCUGCAAAUCUCACAGGUUUGAACUUUGUACUUCGCAUGUCAUCGAAUCUUCCAGAGAACAUUACGUUCUGGAGUUGUUCUGACGUUGAUAUCAUUCAGAAAGCUGACGUGGAUUUGGUGGGUUCACGAGAGUUCUGCUCUGGAAACGGUGACCUCAAAAAUGAAGACUGCUUGUGCGACUACCUCUACUCUGGCGAGAGAUGUCAGUUUGAGGAUGAAUGCUGGAAGGACAUCGAUUGUGGAUCAGGAAGAGGGGAGUGUAAGGACACAGGGAUGAUAGGCUCCUACCCCCGCAUGCAGUGCUACUGUCGCUGGGGCUACUUCGGCAAGAAGUGUUCACGCGAUUCCUCCAUAAUGGAUUUAAACAUCAAUCCUGACAAGUACAGGAUCUAUGAACUCGGUCGCUGGAUCACCGUAUUCUGGAGGAUAUUAGCCAGAGACGCGUCUCGCAAUAGAACGCAGGAUGAGAUUGAAGUCAUUAUCAGAUCAGUAGGGGAGAGCUACGUAGCUCUGGGAUGGAGACCUGCCGAUAUGACUAUAAAAUGUCAGGAUUUUCCUGAACUACCUGGAGGGUUCUACCCAGGUGAAAAUAAAACGUCUUCCCACCUUGACCAGCCUCACCCUCACAGUGGCAUGAUGCAGCGCCCUCUACAUCCAAUGGCAUGCACGGACAUGGUUAUUGCAUCUGCUAAAGGUAACCUGACUAGGGUGUUUGACUACUAUUCAUGGGACAUGGCCACGCCACGAGUUGAUGAAUUCUUCGGCGGGCAGGAUGACCUGUUAGCGGCUAUCGGACACGAGCGAGCAGGAGUCACGACUGUCUUGUUCAGGAAAAAGCUUGUUGCUAUGGAAAUGUCUGACCACAGUUUCCUGAAUGAAGACAUGCACGUCAUAUGGGCGAGGGGACGUGCCUUCUACCAUUCACUAUACCAAUCUGACGUUCUAAAGUACCAUGGAGUCGGUGCAGACAAUAGAGGUCAGACCCUCAUCAACUUCCACAGCUCCAAGCAUGCUCUGAAUGAGGCGUGUUACGACAACAACUGUCAGAGUGGAUCGACGUGUAUGAGUCGUGGACGUGGCCAUUACGUCUGCCUCUGUCCAGCUGGAUUUACGGGCGUCUUCUGUGAGGAUGAGAUAGACCCAUGUGACUAUAGCAUGUGCAGGAAUGGUGGAACCUGCAUGCGCAAGGACCUGACGUAUGAUUGUCAAUGUGAGGAAGGGUACAUCGGUGCUUGGUGUGAAUUUAGAACAGUGAGCAGCAACAUUCGCAGUGUGAACGUGUCAUGGACACCCUGCUCUGGCAGCUUCCAGCAUCCGCCCGGCUGCACAGAUGAGUGUGUGUACAAAGCAGCGUGGAAUUACAGCGAAACAAUAGAGUUUGUCAUACAGGCGAAAACCUAUGGAAAAGUUUGGACAGGCAUUGGAUUUAACAAACAUCCUAGUAUGCUGAAUGCUGAUGUCAUCAUUGGCUGGGUCAAUGGAGGAGUAUCUAGUGUCACUGACAGGCACCUAAAUAUGUUUUACAUGAAACCGGAUAUUGACCAGGAAAUGAGAUACUACUUCAACGGUGUCUACAACAUCCACACGUCUCUCAUCGACGGCAUCACGACGAUCGAGUUCUCGCGCGACCGCAAGACGUGGGACGAGGAUGACUUCUGGUUCACGGACGAUGACUGCGCCUACUUCCUGUUCCCCGUUUACGGCGGAGUGUUCGACGUCAUGACGGACUAUAUAGGCGAACACACCGACAUUCCCUUCAUCUCGUCUGAAAAGAUCUGCAUCUCCAAAUGCGAAGCCAAGGAAGAAGAAGUGGUGAUAGGGAAGACAACUGCAUUGCCAAUGUCCCCCGUGACUGCUAGUGUUACUGAGAUGGAGGCGGUAGCCGUUCCUAUUGACCCACUUGGCGUUAGCGGAGGAUGCAGUGAUCCUGGAGAAACUACGAGUGGGAAUGCCACACUUGGUGAAGUGUGGUCACUAAAUUAUCCAGACAGAGAUUACCCUAAUGGAAUUAUCUGUCACUGGCUGAUUAAGGUUCAUCCAGAUAAAUUCAUAAAGCUUAGCUUUAUUGACUUUUACACGGAACCUAGUCACGACUACUUAGAACUAGUUGAUGCAAAGCAUAGGAGAUUUUCUGGAUUCAAUUACCCGAUAUCUAUCGUGAGUGACGGGCCGGAGAUUGAACUCAAGUUUGUGACAGAUAAGUUUCUCACCAAACCUGGCUUCAAGCUCCUGUAUGAAACAAUUGAUAACUAUACGAAAGCAGAGCAGACGGAGCAGCUCUCAUUCAGCUACGUUCAGCAGAUCUGCUACUCACGCACGUUUGGCGGCGUGCAUCCCUACAUCGCACCCACAUACACAGCUAGUGUGAGUGAUCCAAACAUUGGCAUGAUCACAUCACCAGGAUUUCCAUUUGCUCUGCCACGUGACCUGGACUGCAGAUGGGUGAUUCUGGCCUCCAACGUUGCCAUCACAAGUCUUUUUGGGGAGCUGCCCCCUAGCACAUCUCUACAAUUAUAUGAGGGUGCGUGUCGCGACUGGUCGAGCGAGGAUGAGCUGGCGUGCGCGCUCGUGUACGCGCGGCGCGGCACGUUCGCGCUCACGCCCGAUUCGACGCUGUACAGCCUCGUGACGCUGCGCCUCGUCACGGAGCGCGAGUACCGCGGCCGCAGCUACGCGAACGCCGACGGCAUGACGGGCUUCCAGCUGAAGUACGAGAUCGCGCGGCACCUGCUCAGCCCGCAGGCGAAAUACGUUGUCAGCUACGCACCAAAUAAUCUCACUUUUGGAGAAUGGGCAGGAGUUGCCAUAUCUGUGCUGUUAGCUGUAUUUCUAGUCGGAUUUUCCAUAUAUGGCCUACGAGUGUAUAAGAAGAAGCGGAGAGAGAGAGUCGGAGCGCCAGAGAAUAGCUUGCCACACUCGGCAGCCAGCGAAACGCAGCUGGUCUAUAACGCUGGCACCGAGUCCCUGCAGAUGGCAGCACAGGACGCAGCGAUAGAUCGGCCUCCCAGUUACUGCGACGUUGUCAUGGAAAGGCCUGCGCAGCCAACUAGCACAGACACACAGGAUCCAACUCCACAUCAGAAGCAGAAAGGCCUACCUACCUACGCUGAGGCCAUGGCUCUUGCCGAUUCAUCAGCUGGAAAGCGCGCUGUACCUGCCGUCGCCGCGACGACGAGAAACGGCGAGGUUGCCACAGGCUACGGACCAGCUGCGGCGGCCGACGCGAUGUACGAUGAGGAGCAGGGAGCUGUGGGAGGAGCAGACGCACCAGGGGGCGCUGCCGACGCCGACCCGGUGCAGGAAAAACGUGGCGGCUGCACGAUGCAGGUGGCGCCACCCGAGCCACCCGCUCGAACGCAGAGUCUAGAAGGGGCACGCGACUCGGCGGGCCGCGAGACGUGCGAGAACAAGGUCAGCAUCAAGAUAGGCCCGCCGUCUACGAACGAGCCGUCGGAUUCCCCCGGCGAGACGAACGCCACGCCCGACAGGCGGGCGGAUCGCACCGGCCGAAAAGCCGGAAGGCAUUCCCCUCUGCAGCUGCUGCUUCCUCUGCCGCCGCCGAGAUCGGACAGCCUGGCCGGCGCGGGCGCGACGGCUGUAGACAGCGUCAGCACGACAGAUGUAGAUGGCGUUAGUGUGACAGAUGUGGACGGCGCGCACGCGGAGAGGUCCGGCGUGACGGUGAACUCGAGGGUCGCGCCCCGAAGAGGCAGCGACGACGCGGGACAGAGCGACUUACUGGACAGCGACACGGCGGUGUUAGUGUGAAGUCUACUGGUGGUCCUCAAGCGUUUCGUCGGUCGGCAGGAAAAAAAACGUAAAGUAAUUGGAGCCGUUAGAAAAGUCUGUCGCGAUGGGUUUUAACAUGUUUUUUUUUUCCAGCAAAUUCUUCUUGUGAGACAUCCACUGUUGCAUUCACUGUUGGACUCAACUUUUGACAAAACUAAAAUUUAGAUAGUCACUGUAGACUCGUCGGUGGCCCAGUAAAGAGCUACUAAUGUAUGUAGGGGAGUGCAUAGUACAUGUGUGCGCGUUAGGGUUCGAUGCAAGAGGCCUUUUCUGCGAUGGGUCUACAACUGGUGCCAUUACUUAAGCAACUUUACUCUUUUCAUCAGACAGAGCAUGUGUUCGACAUGCAUUCGUUUAGCAGCACAUUUGCAUGGAAUGUACCGUAGCUAUCCAUUAUUUAUUCGUUAAUUCAGUAAAUGCCUAUAGAAUAAGGUACCAUUCGAAUUUUUCAUUCGGGGAGCAAGCAUCAUUCAAUUGAACGCAAAAAGUAGAUUAGUAGUCUUCAAUUACACACACCUAAAUUUCUAAUUUCAUCUAUUUAUUUAUGACUGACGGUGGUUUCUGGAACAUAUUAUGGAGAUAAACGUGUAUAAUUUGGUAACAAAUAUCAGUUAUCACAAUAUAUGGUUGCCUUUGGAAAAAUACUUGUAAUUAGAGCGUGGUCAUAAUUUUCUAACUAAGGCAGAACAUGUAAGACAUGUGUAUAAUUAUUAUGCCUAUUUUAUAUACCAUAGUUGUAAUUUAUUUAUACAUGAAUGUUGCCUGACAUUUACUGAGUCAUUGGCUUGCAUUUGUAAUAUGAUAACCGUUAUUUGGAUAUCAAAGAAUAUUUUAUAUUAUA